UGUGUGAAGAAGCAGCCUGGGAACAGUGAGGGCAUUAGGACCAGGAGCGAGGCUGGGCUUGGCUCGGGCUGCGUCUGGCACAGGGCUCAGGGCUGAGCGGAGCAUGUGUGAAAGGAAAUCAGGCGCUGCCUGCCGGCUUCGCAUCUGUUGAUCUGACCCGACUUGAGGCGUCCAAAGGAGGAUGGCCGUCGGCCGCUGCUGGACGGGGACUCCACAGCUCCCCCGGACGUCUGCCCAUCCUUGCAGAGAGCGAAAGGCACCCAUGGGACCAUGCACCUGAGCAGCGCGGAGUCAUCAUUGUUCUCCCAAAGAGAAUAGCAGGGCGACAGGAGAACGGGCAGUUGCAUGUGAAAUCCCCGUGCGUGGGUUUUCAGGAAGCAAUUACAGAAAUCCAGCCAGAGAGCCUUGGGUGGGACUUGGGUCCUGGGGCUUUCUGAUUGCGGGUGCAAACAGGUCCCAUACACGGCAGCUGGCCAACGCGAGGUGGGGGGAAAGAAGCAGGGUGAGGGACUGGCAAAAACCCUCCAGGUGGAACAAGCAACUGGAAAACCACUGCAAGCUGCAAGGAGCCCAGAGAGGGGCAAGACCGUGAACUUGAACAUGACCUGUUGCACUUGGCAAGUCCUAGCACCAUGCUGCUGAGAAAGCGGUACCGGCCGGGGCCUCGCCAGCGACUCCAGUUCCUCCUGCUGCUGCCGGUGCUGGGCUGCAUGCUGGUGAUGGCAGCCAUGCUGCACCCUCCCACGCACACCAACCGCCACCCUGGCACGGCCCCGGCCAGCCAGCGCAGCCUGGAUGCUGGGGACCGCCUGCACUUUGGGGACUCCCAGGAGUGGGUGCUGGAGGCUGAAGCCGAGGGUGAAGAGUACGGCCCCCUGGAGGGGCUGCCGCCCUUGAUCUCCCUGCGGGAGGAUGAGCUGCUGGUGGCCGUGGCCUCCCCCAGGGCCAGAAGGAACCAGAGCCGCGGCAGGAGAGGGGGCAUCUACCGGCUCAUCAAGCAGCCUCGAAGGAGGCAGGACGAGGGAGCCCCAGACAGAGACUGGGGGGCCGAGGAGGAGGACGGGGAGGUGUCUGAAGAAGAGGCCCUGAGCCCACUGGGCCUGGACCCACGUGGCCUCAGCGAGGCCCUCAGCGCGCGCCUGCCCCUGCAGAGGGCCCUGCCCGAGGCCCGGCACCCGCUCUGCCUGCAGCCGCCGCCAGAGGGCAGCCUGCCCACGGCCAGCGUCAUCCUGUGCUUCCACGACGAGGCCUGGGCCACCCUCCUGAGGACCGUGCACAGCAUCCUGGACACAGCGCCCCGGGCCGUCCUGAAGGAGGUCAUCCUCGUGGACGACCUCAGCCAGCAAGGACAGCUCAAGUCUGCUCUCAGCGAGCACGUGGCCAGGCUGGAGCGAGUGAGGCUGCUCAGAAGCAACAGGAGGCUGGGCACCGUCGGGGCCCGAAUGCUGGGGGCCGCCAGGGCCACCGGGGACGUGCUGGUCUUCAUGGAUGCCCACUGCGAGUGCCACCCCGGCUGGCUGGAGCCCCUCCUCAGCAGAAUAGCCGGCGACAGGAGCCGUGUGGUGUCUCCGGUCAUAGACGUGGUGGACUGGAAGACUCUCCAUUAUCAACCCUCCCCGGAGCUGCAGCGUGGGGUGCUGGACUGGAGGCUGGAUUUCCGCUGGGAGCCUUUGCCGGAGCACGCGCGGAAAGCCCUCCAGUCCCCCAUCAGCCCUAUCAGGAGCCCUGUGGUGCCCAGAGAGGUGGUGGCCGUGGACAGACACUACUUCCAAAACACUGGCGCGUACGAGCCCCUCAUGUCUCCAAGCGGUGCUGAAAACCUCGAACUGUCUUUCAAGGCCUGGCUCUGUGGUGGCUCCGUUGAGAUCCUGCCCUGCUCCCGGGUGGGCCACGUCUAUCGCGACUGGGAGGCCCACUCCCCGCUCGACCAGGAGGCGGCGCUGCGGAGCAAGGUCCGCCUCGCUGAGACCUGGCUGGGCUCCUUCAAAGACACCUUCUACAGGCACUGCCCAGAGGCCACGUCCCUGAGCCAGAGUGAGAAGCUGGACUGCCCGGAGCGCUUGCAGCUGCAAAGGAGACUGAGCUGCCGGACAUUCCACUGGUUUCUGGCCAACAUCUACCCCGAGCUGUACCCAUCGGAACCCAGGCCCAGGUUCUCGGGAAAGCUCCACAACGCCGGCCUCGGCUUCUGUGCAGACUGCCCGGCGGAAGGGGACAUCUUAGGCUGUCCCGUGAUGCUGGCCCCUUGCAAUGACAGCCGGCAGGAACAGCGCUUGGAGCACACCAGCAGGAAGGAGAUCCACCUGCACAGCCCGCGGCACCUGUGCCUGGAUGUGAGGCGAGAGCAGGUGCUCCUUCAGAACUGCACCGGGGAAGGCCCUGCCGUCCACGCGCAGCACUGGGACUUCCAGCAGAACGGGGUGAUUGUCCACGUUCUUUCUGGGAAAUGCAUAGAAGCUGUGGCGCACGGAAUCCAUAAGGAGCUGCACCUGCGUCCGUGUGACGGCAAAGCCAGCCAGCUGUGGCGAUUUGACCAGGUCAGCGCCGUGGAUGAACGGUGAACGCCGUGACAGAGGAAGGGAGAAUCCCGGGGAAAACUCAAGGACCCUGCGUGUUUCAGGAAGUGGAAACUCCGUGGAAGAAUAUAGAAAAGUCUCUCCUUUUCACACCUGAUCCUGUUGGUUGCUUGCUGUUUAACAAAAAGAUGGAAAAUGGAUUCAUCGUCUUCAUCGCUGGGAGGCGAUCAUUCUUCAUACAGGAGAUUUUUUGUUUUCCCACUGAGGGUCCAACGUUUGCUUGGAUUUCUGAGAAGGGAAAAUCCCUGCACGUUCUUGGCAGCACCUCCAGCGCACCGUCCAGCGGGUCAGUUUGUUUGUCUUCUAAGAGUCCUAUCUUGGAUUGUCCGUGGCCAAGGAAGGAAGAGGAUAGCACAGCCCAGCAUUGCAUUGCAAAGCCUCGGAUUGGUCUUAUUGGCAGGAGGCUCAUGCUCAUUGGAAGGGACGGUGCAGAGAGGAGAGGAGUAAGGAUGGAGAGAGGACGCAAGAGGGCGUCAGCCCGGUUCUCCAGCUCAACCCAGCCUUGCAAAGACUUUUCUGUUCCCUCGGAACUUUCCACCUGCGCUAGCCCCUCUCCAGCAGGGGUCGCCAUAACCACACUCCCCUGCAGGUGGCGCAAAGGGGUUCCCAGGUGAGAGGCGCUCCUCGUGCUUUGGCGGCAUGGACACAACCAGAAUUAGCAGCCUUUGCGAAGCGACAGACCUCCCUGGGAGGGGAAUGCCAGGGUCGGAGCCAAAACUCCUGAGAGGAGAAAAGAGUUGGGUGCUAAUGUCGCGGUGGGGGGGAGGGCGUGGCCUUUUGCACCCUCUCUGAGUGCACAGCACUGGUUUGGGACACCCCCAAAUGUGCCUACACUCGCGGAUGUGGCAAGAGCAUACCUCAACUAGAGCAGACGGCAUUAACAAGAGCUGGCUGGCGCUCCUCGCUGGGACCUGGCCUGCCUCUUUCAGUAAGACUUGCUGAGAGCAACUGGCACUGCUAUUGAGAGCACCGCUCAAGCCCAUUUCUCUCCCCAAGGGAGUUAGCGCUCCACAUGGCCAGCUUAGAAGCCUCCUCUCCUUACGGCUGCCUCAGGACACAGCAUGUUUCAAAUGAGGAAAGCAAGGUAGCAGUGUGAAUUUCCAAACAGUAGUUGUGGGAAUUCUGUAUCCAUUCUCCACCUGCUAAGUCCAUGGCCCACUGCGAUUAUCCCUCCUUAGAACACAGCUAGACCAGUGCAGGCUAAACAGCAGCCACUGACAAAUUGUGUCCAUUUCAAUAGCAGUUCCAUACAAAUUUUAAAAGCAAAAGUGCCCGGAUUGCACUGGCCGCAUUUGGAGCACUCCAUAGCUGCACAUGGUUAUUGCACUGGACAGCACAGACACAGAACGUUCCAACAGCAGCCGCUGGUCACCUGGACAGUCCCAGCUAAUGGAGUCAACAUCCCAUCUAGAGAAGAGACUUCAGCCUCUGUCUUCUCACUUUGGCUCUGUCCUAACACAAAUUCCCCUAACAUCCUGAGGCUGAGAUGGAGCUAAAAAUCCUCAGACAGCCACCUUGUAAAGAUACUAAUGGUUGGGGCCAGCAUGGUGGCGUAGUGGGUAAAGCCACCACCUACAAUGCCUGCGCCGAUUUGUGUCCCAGAUGCUCCGAUUUCCAUCCAGCUCCCUGCUAAAGGCCUGCUUAGGACAGUGGAGGAUGGCCCAAGUGCUUGGGCCUCUGCUACCCACACAGGAGACCUGGAAGAAACUCCUGGAUCCUGGCUUUGGCCUGGCCCUGCCUGGGCCAUUGCAGCCAUCCGCGGAGUGGACUAGCAAAUGGAAGACCUAUCUGUCUCUGUCUCUGCUUCUGCCUCUCGCGGUAACUCUGACUUUUGAAUACAAUUAAAUCAAUCCUUUAAAAAAAGAUAUUAAUGGUUGAAGGAUAAAAAUUAAACAAGACCUCUAUUUUUUAAUGAACCUUGAUUUUGGCGUUGUGGGUAUUUGAUGUUGCUGGAGUAAAUUAAUAUAAUUAAAUAAAAGACUGAAUUCAA